AUGAAGAAUAAGGAAGGAUGGGACGGCAAGCUACGGGUUGAUCCCAAGCAGGCUGUCAUCACGAACCCCGAGGCUUUAGAGGACUCGGACUACUCGGACCCGGAGGCGCCGCCCGUGGAAGAGAUCGACGCCGACGAGGAUCUUUUGGAAGAUGAGGAUCCGGAAGCAGAGGAAAUCGAUCUCGUUCACAUGCGCAUCAAGUCCCUUCCCGCGCUGCGCUUGGAACGGUUUUCCAAGCUUCAGAGGUUAUGUUUCCGCCAGAACGAAAUAUCUCGCAUCGAGUUCCCAUCCAAUGUCGCUGCGACGCUAAAAGAACUCGACCUCUACGAUAACCUCAUCUCGCAUAUCAAGAACCUCGAUGAGUUCGAUUUGACGACUUUGGAUCUCAGCUUCAACAAAAUUAAGCAUAUCAAGAAUGUGUCGCAUCUUAAAAAGUUGACGGAUCUCUUCUUCGUGCAGAACAAGAUCUCCCGGAUCGAAGGGUUAGAAGGAUUGACUGAGUUGCGGAAUCUGGAGCUUGGUGCCAACCGUAUUAGGGACAUCGAGAACCUGGAGACCCUCAAGGCAUUGGAGGAACUCUGGCUUGGCAAGAACAAGAUCACUGAGAUGAAGGCAUGUCACAUUCGAGACCUAGAGCACAAAAGGACAUUUGAUCUAACGCAUCGACAGAACCUUGAUUCUCUACCCAACCUCCGCAUCAUCUCUAUUCAAUCCAACCGUCUCACCAACCUAACAGGCCUCUCCGGCCUGCCCAACCUUGAAGAGCUCUACUUCUCCCACAACGCCGUGACCGACCUCUCAGGCCUGGAAAAGAACACCACUCUGCGCGUCCUGGAUUUCUCCAACAACCAAAUCUCGCACCUCGAGCAUCUAUCGACCCUCAAGAACCUGGAAGAGGUGUGGGCAUCGAACAACCAGCUAUCCAGCUUCGAGGAGGUCGAACGCGAGCUGAAGGAUAAGGAGAAGCUACAAACCGUCUAUUUUGAAGGUAAUCCACUGCAGAUGAACGGCCCUGCUGUGUACCGGAAUAAGGUCCGGUUGGCAUUGCCGCACAUCGCCCAGAUUGACGCAACUUAUGUGCGCGUUUAA